AUGGUUUCAGCCAAGCGAAAACCCGAAGAUGCAGUGAUAAAGCAAUCGAAUAAACGGCCAAGGUCCAAUUCCGCCUCGAAGGGUGGAACGACGACUGCGGAACAGGAACAGAACAAGACUCCAAAACCGAAGCCUGUCUCUAUCCUUACUAAAGAGCAACCUGCUUUUCCUCGGGGUGGUGCGAGCCUACUAACUCCACUGGAGCGUAAACAAAUUCGAGCAAAGGCCGCCCAAGAUGCAGACACCGAACAUAAGCCUUCGCAAGAUCUAUUCAGCGACCGAAAUGCAAGGGCAGAUAUUGGGAGUGACGAGGACGACAUACCAAGAGAAAAUUUACCAGAAAAGAAACGAGAGAGAAAACACCGCAAAGACAAGAAACAGUCGGUGUCCUCAGCAUCUGGUACAAACCCGGAGGUCACAUCCAUAAGCCCCAGAGCGCUGACUGUGUCCCUGCCAAACAACCUUGUGGGUUACGUGCCUUUAACUGCGAUCUCGCCGCCAUUGAGCGAGAAGAUACAAGGUCUUCUGGGUCAGGAUGAUGGAGAGAACAAUGACAGUGACAGCGACGGAGAUGAGGAGGAAGACAUUGCAUUGCCGGGUUAUUUCCAACUUCACCAAUACUUGCGGGUUGCGGUGACCUCCACAGAGCAAGACAGGGUUGGGUCCAAGGCCCCAGCGCGAAAGCGCAUCGAGAUGUCCGUCGAACCAGCAUUGACCAAUAUCGGCUUGGAUCAGUCAAAUCUUGUCGCUGGUGCUGUUGUCCAAGUCUCUGUGAGCAGUGUCGAAGACCACGGGUUGGUGGUUGACCUAGCACUAGAAGACGGCAAAGUGCGUGGGUUCAUUCCCAAGAAGCAGCUACCUAACGGAAGGUCAUUGUCGACCAUCAAAGUCGGCGCUGUCCUAUUAUGUCACGUCCUCGAAAUGAGCAGCAACAACAAAGUGGUGAAACUGUCAGCAGAUCUCACCAAAGCGCCAAUCUUGAAAUCUGCUCCGUCCGUGGACACUUUUCUUCCAGGCACAAAGGCAGAGAUUCUGAUUAGCGCCGUCACGGACGCUGGGAUUUCCGGAAAAAUCAUGGGCAUGUUGGAUGCCACAGCCGAUGUUGUUCAUUCAGGCUCCUUUAGGGAUCGACAAGCGUUCCUUGCUAAAUACGAGGUCGGGAAAAAGAUUGCCGGUCGACUCAUCUGCAAUUUCCCGCUUUCGGAUGUGAAGAAGCUGGGAUUCUCGCUUCUGGACAAUGUCGUCGACCUGAGAGAUCUCAACGAGGCAGCUCAUGAGGAUAGUGGGAGGCUGGCGUUAUCUUCCAUCAUCGAUGGAGCAUCAGUCAUUCGCGUUGAGCCUGGACUAGGCGUCUACCUGCAGUUAGACCAAGACAACAUAGGCUUUGCCCAUGUAUCUCGUCUCUCUGACAAGAAGCUCGACACUCUGUCCGAAACCAGUGGCCCGUUCAAGCUUGGCUCUGAACACAAGGUGCGAGUGCUUGAAUACAACCCCAUGGACAAUCUCUACAUCUUAUCCGCCCAGAAGAGUGUGCUUGAACGGCCAUUCCUCAGAUUCGACGACAUUCCGCUUGGUGCGGUGGUCCAAGGCACAAUUGAAAAGCUGAUAGUCGGUCCAAAAGGAGUUCAAGGCUUGUUGGUCACUCUAGGAGAGGGCCUGGUUGGUCUCGUGCCCCAGAUUCACAUGUCCGACGUUGAUCUGAAGCACCCAGAGAAGAAAUUCAGGGAAGGUCAGGCCGUCACUGCCCGAGUUCUGUCCAUUGACCCAAUCCGGCGCCGUCUAAGACUCAGCCUCAAGAAAGCUCUAGUGAACAAUGAUCAAAAACCGUGGCUACGCUUUGAAGAUAUUGAGAGUGGCGAUUCUACGGUUGGGACCUUGACUAAGGUCGACCGCCUCGGUGCAGUUGUCAGAUUCUAUGGCCCAGUCAGAGGAUUUCUACCCGUGUCUGAAAUGAGUGAAGCGUACAUCAAAGAUGCCACGGAACAUUUUCGAAUCGGCCAGGUUGUUUCAGUAAACGCGAUCAGCAUCAAUGCUUCGGAAAGGCGGUUGACCGUAUCGUGCAGAGAUAUCCAUGCAUCAACUGCGUCGAUCGAGAGCACUCUUGCAGCGUUGCACCCUGGCACUCUAACAAAUGGCACGGUCUUUGAAAAAUCUCAGAACGACGUCUUGUUGCGCCUAGAAGGUUCCGAUGCUAUAGCGCGGUUACCUCUCGAUCACAUCGCCGACGGAUCUCUCAAGAAGCGAGAAUCUGCAAUCAGCAAAAUCCGAGUAGGGCAGAAGCUAGAAAAUGUGCUUAUAUUACAGGUUCUGGCGAAGAGGAGAUUGGUCCUGAUCUCGAACAAGCAAAGUUUGGUGCAAGCUGCGCAGAAUGGCACUCUGCUUCGAAGCUACGAGCAACUUCAGCCCAAUGCGGUGGUCACUGGUUUUGUGAGGAACAUAACGGAGGAUGGUGUAUUCGUGGGAUUUGGUGCUGGAAUCACCGGGCUCAUAACCAAGGCUCAAGUGCCUGUCGAGGCUGAAGAACAACCGGACUUUGGCAUGGUCAAAUUACAACCUAUAACGGCUAAAGUCCUCUCUAUUGACUACAGGGGUGCGACACCUCGCUUUUGGCUUACGAUGAGAGAUGCCCCCGCAGCUGAGUCCAACAUAUCGGAUGGAGCUGGGGCUCAGGCGGACUUCCCGAAGCUCGUCGAUCCCGUGGACGAGAGUCUUAAAACCUUGAAAGAUCUUUCGGUUGGGAAAAUCACGAAAGCAAAGAUCGUCUCCGUCAAAGAGACACAGAUAAAUGUUGAAUUGGCUAAAGACGUGCAAGGGCGCAUCGACGUUUCGGAAGUAUUUGACGAGUGGAAGGACAUCAAAGACCGGAAGAAACCACUGAGGCAAUUCUCUCCCAAGCAGGAACUGCCCGUGCGAGUCCUUGGAGCGCAUGAUACAAGAAAUCACAGAUUUCUACCACUAACACAUCGGAAAGGGAAGAACACUGUCUUUGAACUCACCUGCAAACCAAGUUCAGUCUCGGGCCCAGAGCAGGCCCGAUUGACAUUACAAGAUAUGAAGGUUGGAUCAACAUGGCUCGCUUUCAUCAACAACAUCUCCGACGAGUGUGUUUGGGUUAAUAUUUCACCCACCAUUCGUGGGAGAAUUCGAGCUAUCGACAUCUCCGACGAUCUGUCGCUUGCUGCAAAUCUACCGCACAACUUCCCUCUAGGCUCUGCCUUGCGAGUCCGGGUACUCAAUGUGGAUACCGAAAAGGGACAUUUGGACUUGACCGGACGUUCAGACGGAACGGCGAGCUCUCUGACAUUCGCAAAUAUCUCUAUCGGACUCGUGCUUCCAGGCCGUGUGACGAAGACUACCGACCACAACAUCGUCGUCCAGCUUAGUGACCAGGUCGUCGGUGUUGUUGAGUUGAUUGACAUGGCUGAUGACUAUGCUGAAGUGAAUCCCGGAAAGUACCAGAAAAAUGAUGUCCUUCGAGUCUGCGUGGUCAACGUGGAUGCACCCAACAAGAAAGUCAGCCUGUCAACUCGGCCUUCGAAAGUCCUCAGCUCGUCAUUGGCAGUUACUGACCCAGAGAUCACCUCAAUCGAACAGAUCGCUGUCAACGACAUCGUCCGUGGGUUCAUUACUAAUGUGGCCGACAAAGGUGUUUUUGUGACCCUGGGGCAUGGCAUCACGGCGUUUGUUCGGGUUAGUAACCUGUCGGAUAGCUAUUUGAAGGAGUGGAAGGACCACUUCCAGCGCGACCAGCUUGUAAGAGGCCGGGUCAUUAUGGUCGACAAGGAUUCGGGGCACGUCCAGAUCAGCCUGAAGGAGUCGGCACUGAAACCCGGCUACAAAGCGCCCCUUACUUUCAACGAUUUGAAGGUCGGGGAUAUUGUGACUGCCAAAGUGGUCAAAGUCGAGUCCUUUGGUGUUUUCAUUCUCGUAGACAAUUCCGAGAACGUCCGUGGACUGUGCCACCGCAGCGAGAUCGCCGAGCAACGCGUCGAAGAUGUCGGCAAGCUGUUUAGCGAAGGAGACAAGGUCAAGGCCAAGGUGUUGAAGAUUGAUACUGCGAAGCGCCGUAUCAAUUUCGGCAUGAAAGCUUCGUACUUUGGUAAUGGGACAGAAGAUGCUGAAAGUGAUUUGCAGUCAGAAGAUGAAGCCGAGGGAGGUGGCGCGCACCUCGACCAGGAACUGGGAGACUCUGAAGACGAUGAGGAAGCAGGAUCACAGGAUGAGGACGCGCAGGAUUCGGAAGAUUCAGAGGACGCUGAUGAAACUCUUGAAGAAGAAUCUCAGGAGUCUGAAGACCACGAGGAAGAGGGCGACGUCCUUGGGGACGCUACGAAGCCGGCCAACAGCAAAGGUCUCUCCGUGGGAGGUUUUGACUGGUACGGCAUUUCGGAACCUGCGCGAAACAAGCGACCAGCAGAGGCAUCUGAUUCGGAAGCCGAAGAUUCAAGCAAAGCACCUAAGAAGAGGAAGAAGAGAGCACAAAUCCAAGUUGACCGGACAGCAGACCUGGAUGUCGAUGGACCUCAAUCAGUGGACGAUUUCGAGCGGUUACUCCUGGGCGAGCCCGAUUCCUCGCUUCUCUGGCUACAGUACAUGGCCUUCCAUCUUGACCUGGGCGAUGCCGAUCAAGCACGGCAGAUUGGCGAGCGGGCUUUAAAAGCCAUCAGCGUCGGUCAGGAGGAAGAAAAGCUGAAUGUCUGGGUGGCUCUGCUCAACCUGGAAAAUGCCUACGGGGACGACGAAAGCAUUGAUGCCAUAUUCAAGCGGGCAUGCGAGUACAACGAUCCACAAGACAUCUACUCACGAUUAACCAGCAUCUAUAUCCAAUCGGGAAAACAUGACAAGGCGGACGACAUGUUCCAACGCAUGUUGAAGAAAUUUACCCAGGAUCCCAAGAUGUGGGUGAACUAUGCGCAGUUCUUAUUCGACAGCGUCGGUGAUGCAGAGAAAGGGCGGGCACUCCUCCCGCGGGCGCUCCAGACGCUGCCCCGAUUCACGCACUUUGACGUUACCUUGAAAUUUGCACAGCUUGAAUUCAAAUCUUCCCAUGGACUAGCUGAGCGAGGACGCACAAUCUUCGAAGGCUUGAUCAGUUCAUUUCCCAAGAGGGUUGAUCUGUUCAACGUGCUUCUCGACUUGGAGCUCAAGCUUGGAGAAGAGAAUGCAGAGCAAGUACGUGGUUUGUUUGAGCGAAUUUUCGGUGGCAAGUUGAAGCCCAAGCAGGCCAAGUACUUCUUCAAGCGGUGGAUGGAGUUUGAGGAAAAAGAAGGAGAUGAACGGCGGGUCGAGGAGGUCAAGGCCAGGGCAGCGAAGUGGAUCCGGGACGCCGGCAAGUAA